AUGGUGAAGAGGAACCAUGUUGAUGACGCUGAAACCUCUAGACGGGCGAAUCGAGAGGAGGAAACUCCGGCUAGAGAUGCUUCGGAAGGGGCUGAGGCCGAGUCAGAAGAGGAUGAGCCAAAUGCUGCAGCACUGCAGCGCACGGCUCAUGAAGUCGAGAUCGAGAAUUUGAGUCACUCACAAAGUGAUGAGAUUGCGGUCAAGCUCAAGCAAUUGUUGCUGAGAAUGAAAGAGGAGGGGUACGCGAGUGAUAUGAUCAACAUUCUAAAAGACAUACCCAAGGAAGAGAAAGAGGAUCACUUGUGCAGCCACAGUGAGAAGCUUGCGCUGCGGUGUGCUCUGGUGAACUCUCACCAGAAGGAGACCAUCAGAAUUGUGAAAAAUCUCUGA